AUCUUUUGGGUUCUUAUCAGGAAGUGCUAUGUGGAAAGUGUAUUAUAGUUAUGGGAAUGGUGAAUAUUGUUCGAAUGGCCCAUUAGUUUUACUCUCAAGCAUAUGUCAUAGUGGGAAUCUUUGUGCAGGAUUGCAAUAGACAAUUUCAAUCUGAAGAAAAAAGGUGGUCUGCUUUUUCCUAGAUUACUGCUACAGAGUCUGUUUAAAAUUAGUAUGCCUGGUUUUGCAGACUUGUCAUGCUUACGUGCUGCCACCUGUGCAUGUGUGAUAGUUGUAUCUUAGGUGCACUUUGAGAUUGCUUGCUCAGCUGUGGCCCAAUUGCCAUCUGAGGGGAAAGACAGCCAAAAUAAAGUGGUUUUUCCCAUAGCAUGUGCCAUCCCAGUGAGUCUUGGAGAAAAGCACUUGUAGAUUGAAGAGGAGAAAUGUAGGAAGACAGAUCAGACGGAAAACGUGAAUAGAUGAGCCUGCUGUAAGAACACAUGUACCCAGCUGAAUCAGUCCCAUAGGCCCAUGGUCCAGCAUGUUUCUUACAGGGACUAGCUAGAUGCAUCUGAAAAACCACAAGCAGACAGUGGAAACAAAAGCUGUUAUCCUGCAACAGCUAAUAUAGAGGUUCUCAUUCUGUCAAAAUGAGUUUACGGAAACAAACCCCAAGUGAUUUUUUGAAACAGAUAAUAGGAAGACCAGUUGUUGUGAAGUUAAAUUCUGGAGUUGAUUAUCGAGGUGUUCUGGCUUGCCUGGAUGGGUACAUGAACAUAGCUUUGGAACAAACAGAAGAAUAUGUAAAUGGACAACUGAAGAAUAAAUAUGGGGAUGCGUUUAUCAGAGGAAACAAUGUUUUGUAUAUAAGUACACAGAAGAGGAGAAUGUGAAUUUACCUGAAGGUGGAACAUUUUGGAUUGCAACUUUUGUUUUUUAACCAAGUUUUAUUUGUAGUUGAUGAUUCAUAGUGAUGUUUUGUUGCAUUCUGCUGUAAAGCUGUAUACACUGUAUGGAAGGCUGGACAGUUUUUUUAGUAUGUGUAUUAACAAAACAGAACAUUUUUUGACAAACUGUUUGGAAUACUUUAUGUUACA